AUGUUAGCAGCCAUUGUUUACUCCAUGAUCAUUGCAAACACUAUCAUAGUCUGCAACUUGGCACUGGUGUUAUCCGGGAUCGAGAAACACGGAGGGAGUCUCGCAAUCAUAAAGGCCUACUUAAUGAUGAGGGGAAGAAGAGCAACUGCACUAUCAUUUGCAGUGAUUGGAAAUUUCACCCUGGCUGCGACAGAAGCAUUGUUUCGUUACCGGGUCAUAGCGCCAUAUCAUGCGUCAGGAAGCUUCAGCAUAGGGAUUUUGCUGGAGGGAUGCUACAUUGCUUAUUUGUAUUCAGUCCUCAUCGUUCUUGACACAAUUGUCGCCUGCACAUUCUUUAGAAGCUGUCAGGUCGAGGACUUCAUAAAUUGCAACGAUAAAUUCUAUUGCCAGAUCCAAAUUUUCGAUGCUGCCGAUGGACCCUAUGACAAUUCCCUGAAGAGUUCAGAUCCAAUUCUGAACUCAGUCGUGACAAGAUCGGAGAUAUGUCGACCAGUCUGUGUAAAUCCUUACCAAGAAAGGUUGUACAUGUCAAGGGAAUUACUCAGAUAA